AUGGUAUCUCAGAUAACACCGCCCUCGUCGUCGCCGACUCACCGUGACCAUGUGCAGCCCAACGCUGCUGCACUUCACGAGCCUCAACACAAUGACUGGCCCGGCUCUUCUGCUCCCCCGCCCAAACGACGGCGCAAGGCUCCUCCUGUCAUCGGCGAGUUGGACGUCGUUAGUCUGCUCGAUGAUGACCUCAAAUGCCCCAUAGGAAAGGGGCUGCCUGGCCCGCCUCAUCACUCAGAGCUCGCACAGCACAACACGGGUCUCCAUGUCAGCCUAUCUCCAGCCAAACACCUACCCUCCGGCUCAUCGCGAUCGGGGCCACGCGCCUUGAACCCCGCCAAGGCCCUGGCCAAGGCUGCUGCCAAUGGUCCGGUCAAGGCAGCAUCAAUUGCUGAGCCUCAGGCUCGAGAAGCAACUUGUGUAUCGUCCAUGGCUGCUGGCCACGACCGCCAGGGUGGCUGGGCUGUUCCACCUCUCACAAAUCAGACACCAGAAGGGGGACAGCCAUGGGGGCCGCCCUUGCUAAACGUCAUGGCCCCCCCUCCGCACCAGCCAACAUGGAACGCCACGGCCAUACCUCCUGUGUAUGAGCCACAGAAGGACUUUUGGAUGAAUCACAGUAAUGUAGACUUGUCUCCGGUGAAUCCAUUCUUCCAACAAUGGUAUCCUGGGGGACAUUCGCAUUUCCAACCUCAAGAACAGUCAUGGUCCUGGCCGCCGAGGCACUCCUAUGAGAUGCCGCCCGAGACGAAUAUAUUCGCUGGCUAUACCUCACCAACGUAUCAGAUGCCAGCCACAGGGACUGCUGCCCGGCCCAUUGUGCUGGAUGAUGAACCGGUCCGGGCAGCCCAGGCAGCCCAGGCAGUCCAGGUCCCUGUGCCCACCGCUUACGCUCCUCAGCCUUCCCAAUUCUUAGGUCAUGGGACAAUUUCAUCUCUGAAUUUUAUGGGAGCUAACAAAGAGAACACAACGCCUGGCCAUUUUGUUGCGCAUGUGCCUACAGAAUAUCAACAAGCUACCACUUGUCCACAGAACACGGGGGCUCAGCCGCCUCAAACCAAACGCAAGAAGCCAAAACAUGGCCCUAUCAUCAAAUCCGAGCCUGAAUCGCCCCCGGACGAGCCUCAACUAUGUCCUGAGCAGGCUGAACUGGUGUCUUUGAUCGAACAGGGCCACAAUGUCUUUUACACUGGGUCUGCUGGCUGUGGCAAGUCGACCGUCCUCAAGGCCUUUGUCAAGCGACUACGACAGAGCGGGAAACAGGUCCGCAUAAUUGCCCCUACAGGCAGAGCCGCGCUGAAUGUUGGCGGCUCUACCACCUGGACCUUUGCAGGCUGGACUCCAAGUUCUCACAAGCUCCCGAUCGACAAGAUAAAGCAGGGAGCACAUGGAAAGAGCGUGUAUAAACGACUCAUCGACACCGACGUCCUCGUGAUCGACGAGAUUAGCAUGGUGGAAAAUUUGCAUCUCGAAAGACUCAACAUUCUCAUGAAAACCGCCCGAUAUGACCCCAAAUUGCCUGUGCAGCCAGCCUUCGGCGGUUGCCAAAUUGUUGUGACUGGUGACUUCUGCCAGCUGCCGCCAGUGAAGCCAUUUCAACAUUGCCUUACAUGUGGCAGAGAGCUGACCAGCAAAGUUAAUGACCAAGGGAGGUUGGUCCACGUUUGUAAGCUUCACGGCGAAUACGCAGAUGAGGACAAGUGGGCUUUCAGGAGCAAGGCAUGGGACGAAUGCGGCUUUGUGCAUUUCCACCUCAAGACAAUCCACCGUCAGAAUGACAAGCAGUUCAUUCGAAUGCUGCAAAAGUGCCGGUUAGGACACAAGAUGAAAGAAUCAGAGAUAUCACUUCUCAUGGACCACAAAUGCCGAGUCUCGCAGGCAACGAAGCUCUACUCCACCCGUAGGGAAGCCAAUGAUGUCAACCGAACGGCGUUCAACCAGCUCAAAGGCGUCAAACUCGUGUAUUGGUGUCACGACAGUUUCCUCUGGCGCGAAAGUCAUCCCCAUCUCCAAAAGAAAGGCAUGCCCGGAGACUGGGGGAAUGAAUCCGAAAUAGCCGCUCCACCCGACACGAAGCGCCCAUUGUACGCACUGGAAGACCAUCGUUGGGCCAAAUGCGUCCAGUUGAAAAGAGGAAUGCUUGUUGUGCUCCUGACGAACCUCGACCUCGAGGCAGGUCUUUGCAAUGGAUCCCAAGGUGUUAUUUGCAGCUUCGAAAACUACGAUCCGAAGAUGUUACCGAUGAAGGAGACGAUCAACUCCCGCGGUCAGAGGAAGGUUGAGCCACAGCCAGGCCAGAGGAUUGUCAGAGGCGAACAUGCACCUAUACAGGAGGCCGAAAUCAAGCAGUUUAUCACGAGCGAAUCCGCGCCGGUCAAGAAGUGGCCUGUGGUGCAAUUCCACAACGGCGUAAGGCGCACCGUCUAUGCUGAGUGCAGCAUCAACCAGCUCGGCGAUGAGGAGCCAUACAGCCUGCUCGCCCGGACACAAAUUCCGCUGGCGCCGGCGUGGGCGAUGACUAUCCACAAAUCCCAGAGUCUGACUCUGGACCGAGUCAUUGUGAACCUCAGCAGGGCGUUUGAGGAUGGCCAGGUAUACGUUGCGCUGUCGAGGGCGACGGGCCUCGGCGGUCUAAAGAUCGAGGGUGACGGGCAGUUCCUGCGGAGUAAGCUCAUGGUGAACGCGGAAGUAACGUCUUUCUUGAAGGAGAAGUUUGGGGACAUAUAUGAUAACACGGAGUCUGAACAAGAAGAGGUCGCGCCCAGAUAG